GCUCUUUUCCAGGCGGGUAAAUCCUAACAGGAGGAAUCUAAGAAAGAGUACCGGCUGCUGUCCUUCCCAGCGCCCGAAGCCCCGCCAUGCUCGUCCUCCGAAGCGGCCUGACUAGGGCUCUGGCUGCGCGGACGCUCGCGCCUCAGAUGUGCUCAUCUUUUGCUACGGGCCCAAGACAAUAUGAUGGAACAUUCUAUGAAUUUCGUACUUAUUGCCUUAAGCCCUCAAAGAUGAAUGAGUUUCUGGAAAAUAUUAAGAAAAACAUACAUCUUCGGACAGCUCACUCUGAAUUGGUUGGCUUCUGGAGUGUAGAAUUUGGAGGCCAAGUGAAUAAAGUGUUUCAUAUUUGGAAGUAUGAUAAUUUUGCCCAUCGAACCGAAGUUCGGAAAGCUGUGGCCAAGGAUAAGGAAUGGCAACAAUCUUUCAUUCCAAAUCUGGGUCUUACAGAUAAACAAGAGAUCGAGAUUACUUACCUGGUACCCUGGUGCAAAUUAGAAAAGCCUGCAAAAGAAGGAGUCUACGAACUGGUUAGUUUUCAGAUGAAGCCCGGUGGGCCAGCUCUAUGGGGCGAUGCAUUUAAAAGGGCAAUUAAUGCCCAUGUGGAUCUAGGCUACUCAAAACUAAUUGGCGUUUUCCACACAGAAUAUGGAGAACUCAACAGAGUUCACGUUCUUUGGUGGAACGAGAGUCCAGACAGUCGUGCAGCUGGGAGACAUCGGUCUCAUGAGGAUCCCAGGGUUGUGGCAGCUGUUCGGGAGAGUGUCAAUUACCUCGUGUCUCAGCAGAAUAUGCUUCUGAUUCCUACAUCAUUUUCACCUUUGAAAUAGUUUUCCAUUGAAAUACAAAGUGUAACAUUAACUGCUGUAAGAUGUGUCUGCUAAUGGUGCUUAAAUUCUCCUAAGAGAUUCUCACUUGUAUUUGAAGAAGGUGGUAAGUUAAUCUUUUGUGUCUCUACACUUCUAAAGCCAGCUCUGUGCUUCCUUCCUGUUCCUCUCCACCCUGGGAAAUAGUUCUGUUCCUUUUCCCCUUGGCAUUUCAGUGUCUGUUACACAUUAGAAAUAGUUGCUACUACUUGAUGAUCUUGAUUUUUCACUGGUUUCAGAAUAUCUCUUAUAUUGUUUUGACAACCCUUUGCUUUUAUAUUUUAUAUUCAAAUGAUUUUACAUUUUGUACCUGAUAUUAUAAAAUUUAUAUAUAAUGUCUAUCAUGUCAAUUUUUUCUGAGAUUUUUUUUUCUCAGUAGGUUUAUUUUGUGAUCAAAUGGGAGUCUUUAGAAUCUAAGAUCAAAUAUAUUUCUUUACCUUGGCAAAGUAUAGUAUCACUUGUGUCAUCUGUAUUAAUUAUGGUUUUCACAUUAAUUAUGAGUCACUCUAACUUGGAAAAUACUGUAAUUAGGUCUCUGUUAAAGAGUUUGUAAGACUUGUUUUAUGUACUAAAAUGUGCUCAUUUAACAGUUAA